GUGCUGUGUGCGAGGUGGUGGCCAGAACAUGUCUUCCAACCUGGAAUCCGUGAAGGACACGCUUGUUUUCUUAGGAAAGUCACUGCUUAGUAUUCUGGAGGCCCUACUUUUUCAAGUGUUCCCAAAGCCACAGAAGAAUGUUGCUGGUGAAAUAGUCCUCAUAACAGGUGCUGGGAGUGGACUCGGAAGGCUCUUAGCCUUGCAGUUUGCCCGCCUGGGAUCAGUGCUCGUCCUCUGGGAUGUGAAUAAGGAGGCAAAUGAGAAGACCCUCCAGGAAGCUCGGGAAGCAGGAGCCACCAGAGCUCAUGCCUACACUUGUGACUGCAGCCACAAGGAGGAAGUGUACAGAGUGGCCGACCAGGUUAAAAAAGAAGUUGGUGAUGUCUCUAUUCUCAUCAAUAAUGCUGGCAUCGUAACAGGCAAGAAGUUCCUUGACUGCCCUGAUGAGCUCAUGGAAAAGUCACUCGAUGUCAAUUUCAAAGCACAUUUAUGGACGUAUAAAGCCUUCCUGCCUGCUAUGAUUACUAACAACCAUGGUCAUUUGGUUUGCAUUUCAAGUUCAGCUGGACUAAUUGGAGUAAAUGGGCUGGCAGACUAUUGUGCGAGUAAAUUCGCAGCCUUUGGAUUCGCUGAAUCUAUGUUCAUCGAAACAUUUGCCCAAAACCAAAAGGGGAUCAAAACUACAAUUGUGUGCCCAUUCUUUAUAAAAACUGGAAUGUUUGAAGGUUGCACGACUAAGUGUCCUACUUUGUUACCAAUUUUGGACCCAGAUUAUGCAGUCAGAAAAAUAGUACAAGCUAUUCUGCAGGAGAAGCUAUACUUGUAUAUUCCAAAGUUUUUAUACUUCAUUAUGUUCUUAAAAAGCUUCUUGCCUAUCGAGACAGGAAUGCUUAUAGCUGACUAUCUGGGAGUCUUUCAUGUGAUGGAUGGCUUCACUGGCCAAAAGAAGAAAGUUCAAAGUUAAGUUCCAUGCCCAGACGUCAUCUGAUCCCCAUUGCUCCAGCAGGCUUCUUUCAAAGAAGAAAGGUAUUUCUGUUUGACCAAACCCACAGACAGGUAGCACCCAUGUUCUUCUAUGAACCAGAAUGCCCGCCCAGUGUCAUUUAAAUGCAAUGCUACU